GCAAGUCAAUUGAAAGUCCAGCAUAUAAGCAUAGGCAGAAGCUUAGCAAUGGCAACCACCAAGCUUGGGGUCGCUGCCAUGUUUGUGAUCCUACUGCAAGUGUCCACGUUGUGCGCCGUGGCACAGCACCACGGUGUGAUGACGCUGAACGGGUUCCAGAAAGGCGAGGAAGGCGGCGGGCCGUCGGCGUGCGACGGCAAGUACCACAGCAACAAGGAAAUGAUAGUGGCGCUGUCCAGCCGCUGGUACGGGGGCGGCCGCCGGUGCCGCAAGAUGAUCCGCAUCACCAGCGAGCAGAACGGGCGCACCGCACAGGCCAAGGUGGUGGACGAGUGCGACUCCAACAACGGAUGCAAGGACAGCAUCGUGGACGCCUCUGCUGCCGUGUGGAAGGCUCUCGGGCUCAACACCGACAUCGGCGAGGUCCCCGUCACCUGGACCGACGCCUGAAGCCAUGCAACGAUCCACCGGUAAGCAGCCGCCGACGAUCGCAAGGACGGGAGUGCUUAUCGAUUGGUGCAGUGAUGUCAAGUAGUAUAGCAGAAUAAUUAAUCUACCCGUAUGGAUGGCAGUGCAGGUGUACGGUGUACGUAUCUUGUAAGAGUCAUGUCUAUCUCAGUUUAUCUAUAUAAUCGAUGUUUUCUGGUGUGCAAUAAUCCGAUUGGUCAUCUACCUAUGUUGUAUUGUACUACUCCCGUAAUGUUACAUCUGAAGAAGAAAUGUGGGCUCUUGAUUAGUCUUCACUAUAUUCUGUCUAUGUGAGUUCA